CCGGACAUUACGUCCGCCGGUUAUUGUGUGCGUCCUCUCACGUCUUUCUGCCGCCCUGCGUACCGGACACAAUAUUUAUUUAUAUAAUACCUGAUAUAACAUUCGCUCGUACGGUGUGUACCUGCAUGCACGCGCGUUGUGACGGUCCCAGAAACGCUUUCGUUUGCGACUAUUAAUAAAGCGGUAGUGAGCGCGUCGCGUGUGAACACGGACAACAGUUGCGUUUUGUCGCGACGGUAAUAUUUCACUCGGUCAUCCGCUCAACGACGCCGAUACAUAUACGGGACCGAGGUACGGCGACUCUAAAUGAAUAACCGUCGGUUGCUGCAACAGCGGCGCAAGAGCAGUGUGAUCGUAUCGCGGUAUUCCACAAACACGUCAAUCCCCCCCAAAGGGUAGUGAGUUAUAUAAUUGUAUUGCACGUCAAAAGUAACAACGAUCUCGUCAUUAUCACGUAUAGGUGGUAAUAAUCGGCCGAGAAAGCCACCGAGUUAUUACAGUAGUAUAUAAUAUAUAUAUAUACAUACAUACAAAUACAUAAAUAUAUACAUAUAUAUAUAUAUAUAUUUAUGCUCACGACGCAACACUCUGUGCUCAAUAUACUUUUCAAUAAAUCAUAAGCAUCUCAAAUAAUUUAAAUCAAUUUCCAUACACGAAACCGCCACACCUUUUAUAAACGGACAAUAUAUAUAUAUAUAUAUAUAUAUAUAUAUAACUGCACUCGAAUCGCUUAAUAAACGUUUCGAUGGACAGCCAACAAAACACUUUUUUGCCACCACCCAUCGACGGCGGUGAGGCGUCGGCGCCACUCGCGCAACCCGACGACGACUUUGUAACCGCCAAUUCGGCGGCCGGUACCCCCAAUACGCCGGCUGACGACGCCGGCACUGGAUCUACCGUGUCCCCCGUGUCCCCGGUUCACCUCAAUCGCCAGAAGAUCAAUGCUAUGAUGAUCGACGACGACCAAGUGGAAGCCGACAACGACAACGGUGCUACGGACGACAGUGCAGGACUGUUGCCUCCGCCCGACGAAACGGACACGGAUGACAAGUCGACCAAAGACACGUCCACCACUGUGACCAAGAACGACAACGACGCUCAGUGGUCUGAAAAGUAAAUAUACCUUACGAUUAGCCCGGCGGUUUAUACGAUGAAAAGUCAUCCGAACGACUUUGUUAAAUUUGUCACGUAUGCCAUCUAAAUGAAUCUAUUAUUCGUUGUUAUUGAUUAUUUACUUAAAAAGAAAAAAAAUAUCCGUCACAAUAUCUGAUGAAUAUAAAUGCGUAUAUUAUACAGAAAAUAAAAGUUAUACAAUUCACUGCAUGAUAAGUUUAAUUAUUUUGGUUUUUCAAGAAAUGCAAUGAGUCUUAAGUAGGAUAACAUUUUUCAAAACAUUUUCCAUUUUUAAUAUUCUGUAUACAUGAAGCACUACAGACAUACAGUUCUCUUAACCGGGGGGAAAGGGGGGGGGUUUAAAAUUAGUUUUACUAGUUUAUUGGUCCUAAAGUGAAAGUAUUAUUGUAGCUAUUCCGAAAUAGACUGUAUGUACAUCAUUAUGCGCUAAAAAAGUUAGAAGAAAAACAGCUACAUUUAUAAAAUAAACUGCUUCUGAGUUAACGUACAGAUUUCUAAAUUAUAUAAAUCUGAAAAAAGAAGUGCUGCUGUAAUGCUGUAUGUUGUAUAUACCUUUGAAUGGAUUGAAUUCCUAAACGUACUAAACAAUAUGUAUCAGUAUAUCAAAGAUAUAACCGACAAAUUUGUAGUAUUCUUAACAAAACAACAAUAUAUCAAUGUUUUAGGAUCGAUUCUAAAAAUCGAAAUUGUAUACUUGGCGUAUGUUAACAUAGUAUAGGUGCAUACCUAAUAGUUAUCUAGGAUACCUAUUAAUUCAAGUGUACCAGAAUAGAACUCGAAUCCGAUUGGGUAUCAUUUUUUUUCCACCGUAUCCCAAAAAAAAUCAAAAAGCUUUAUAUGAGAAUAAAUACUAAACGUAAUUGGUAUGUAUAAGCUACCCUUAAUUUUUAGGCCACUAGGUGAUGACGAUGAUGACGAUGAUCAGGUCCCAGUUUUAGCCAUGUCAGGCAUUCUACCUGCAACGGCUACCGGCGGCGGCGGCGGCGGCGGCGGCGGUGGUGCAGGAACGGGCGACUCUAAGAAAAACGUUACCGGCAGCAACGAUCCGACGAGUGGCGGAGCCGGGGGAACUGUAACUGGAAACGGAGAAAAUAAAUCAAAUGAAAAGUGAGUAUAUUCUUAAUCCUUCGUAACGGCACCUAUACAAUAUAAUAUAAAAUGUUGCCGAAAGACGAGUAUUUGUACACGCGUGGAGGAGGGGGAGGGGUAAAAACCAGUUGUUAACAGUUUUCCUAUUUUGAUUAUCUAUUUACUUGGUACGUUCAAUACUGGUAUACUGCUGUAAUAUGUUUCACAUACAAAGAUUAUCAAGAGGGCUACUAUAGUACAUUCUAUAUAUAUAUAUAUAAUAGUUGUGUUUGAUAUUUUACCCCUUACAUAUACUACAGCGGUGAAAGACGAGAAACGUAAGCAGGAGACCACGAGAAAACCAAUAUUAAGUUUUUCCUCGAUUUAAUCUUGCAGGUAGUUCAUUAAUAAAAAUAGAGUGAGUCGUAUAUAAAUCAUUUUACACAGUUUAAAACUGAUAUUUACUUCAAUGCAAGUUAGUAUUAUAAUUAAAAUAUAUAAAGCGUAGAUCCAGGGGGUUUAGCCCUACCCCCUUUGUACGUGCCACAUAUCAUAAAUCACAAAAUAUUAAUAUUGUUAUCAAACUUUAUCUAGAUGAAGAAAUGAAAUGUUAUCAUUAUUUAUAUCAAAUGUUUAUAAGUAAGAAUUUUUAAAAAAGAAAUAUGUUAGGGACUAUAAGUUCGAUUACAUUUUUUAUCUUCGUCAGCUAAACGAAAUAAUAUAUUAUUAGCUGCUAUUGAAAAUAACUGACUCAGUUUCAUUACUGAAAAAAAAAACAAAAUAAAAAGCCCUGUGUACAACUUGUUGGGUUGAGCGUAACGAUUCAAUUAUAACUUUCCGUGAAUUCUUUAACUUUAUUGUAGAUGCCCUUGAUACACUAGAAGAAAACCUUGAUUGUGAAAUAUCAACUAAAGUAAUAAGUUUAAAUUCUACUAUAAAAUGAAAUGAUUUUCUUAUAAGGUUGGCAAAAGUUUCAAAUUUCUUUUCAUACACUAAAGAUUUGAGUAUUACACUACAAAGUCCUUAAUUAGACUUAUCUAGUGCAUUUUUACUUGUUGAAGAAGUCAUUAGAUUAUUCGAAGAGAAAAUACAGAACUCUGAUGAAAAAUAUUCUAACUAUUUUUCAAAAAUGCAUUUAAAUUAGCAAUAAUUAAUAUUCACAAAGAAAUAACGACAUCAACGAAGCAGUUAAUAGAUUUUCAAAACAAAAACAAUAGCAAAUGAAGGUUGAAGAUCGUUCAAAUAACUAAUUUAUAGUCAUUGUUUAAAAAAAAGACCUAAUCAUGUUUAUGUAUCUAAAAAAAUUAGCCCUCCUCCCUCUUUAGAUAUCUAGAUCCGCAACUGAGUGUAUGCAUAUUAAAUAAUUUGCCUAGGUAUAUUAAAUAUAAAUAUCUAUAAUCUAUAAUACCCCAUACUUUACUCCUUACUGCAUAUAUUAAAAGUUAAUAUAGAGACCUACUAGUUUUAUUCGUUAGCUACUGUGAAAUGUUAUACUUACCAAUUAAAAAGUUGAUUUUUUCUUUUAAACUUGCCUAAUUAAAGUUAUUGAAUUGAUUAAUUUAUACUAUACAAAAUAAGAUUUAAAUGAUAUUAAUUUUCACUUUUCCAACGUUUUCGAAAUAAUUGCUUAUACACCCCCCAGGGGCGUAUACAAAGGGAGGGGGGCUAUAGAGAAAUCGCUCCCUCCGGACAUUAUUGAGUUUGUUUCAUGUAUAGGUACUUACUUAUUUGAUUAUUAUAAAUCAAAAAUUUAAAAAAAGUUAAUUUUUUUUGUGCGGAAAUGGUUUUUAAAAAUUUGGUAAAAGAUUAGAGAUGUUGUAGCUAUCAUUAACAUAUAUACCUACUAUUGGUUAUAAUAAUUAUAUUGUGAUUGUCUGUAUGCGAUUGUUGUCUGUACUCUGCAACCAUAGUCCGUGUUAUUAACUUAUUCUGUUUUCAAAGAAUGAUACCCGUAUAGAGAGCCGUGAUAACUAUAUCAUAACAAAAAUUGAUAGGGUUUAAUGGAAAGACGGUCAUGAUAGUAUUCGUAUGGCACUGCAGGUCUGCAGUAGUUUUCGGCGUUUGUGCUAAUAGUUUUCAUUAAUACUCAAUGCUGAAAUUCGUAAUACACUUAUACACAAAAUAAUGCCUAAUAAUGGUAUUAGGGAAAAAGUCCCUAACCAAAAUUCACAUAAGGUAAAAAAAGCCGCGACGAAGCAAAAGAAUAUUUAUUUAAUAUUUAUCUACUACAAAAACUACAAUCAGAUAUUUUUACAAUAACCGAUAUGGAUAAAUUGACUAAAAAUAAAAUACUAAAAUUAUUAUUUAAAGCCCCGAGUCCAAAUAUACAAACAUAUAUUUGGUAUCUAUUAUACCUACGGUAUAUUAUUUUAUACUAAUCUAUAUAGAAAUUUUCAAGCAAUAAAUUAGAAAACUAAGAUAAAUAUGUAUAGAUAAAUAGAUUUCCAAUAAAAGUAGGUAAUAAGCAAUAGUAUACGUAAAACAUAUUUUUGAUUAACUACCUAAUUAUUUUUGUAAUUUGUAAUUUUUUUAAAUUUUUCAAAUUCAAAUCUUCUUUUUAAUACUUAUAAAAAAUUUUUCUGAAGAUGCCAAUAACUGUAUUUUUCCUACGUCGGGGCUUUUUUUCCUUAUGUGAUUUUUGGUCAAGGGCUUUAUUAUCCCCAAUUCCUAAUAAUAGUUAUCAAAGUGGGUUUAGAAGUUAAUUAUUCAAGAUUUAAGCAAACAAAACGAUCGAACAAUUUUGAACUGGCGAUCUAUUUAUAAUCUGUAAUACUGCCGUUUAUAGACAUACUUUUAUAAUACUAAUAAUCUAUAAGUAUGGUUAAAGCUCAAAUUUCGCCCCCCUCCUCUGGAAGAUGAGCUGAAUGUGUAUUCAGCUUAUCUUCCAGCCUAACCUUCCCUGCGCACCCUUUAUAAAUAUUGGGGAGUGACAUCCUUCACUGUGAUGGUUUUAUGUAGAGAAAGAUGGGUAGAUCGCCACCCUCCCACUUGGCCACUUUGAAUAAGUUUACAUGCAUAUUUAUCAAAGAGAAACAAGUGGGAUGUAUAUAGAUAAAUAAUAAAUAUUGUAAUAUGCUAAAUAAUGUCAAGAACUGUCCAUGUGCAUUAUUUUGCUACCUCCUAAUUCCCAAUCGUCUAAAAAAGACAAUAAAUACGCAAAUUUUGUUUAGUUAUUACUUAUCAGUUAAUAUUAUACUAUAAGCAUUAGAAAUUUCAGAAGUCUAAUGGACACUUAGUCAAGAGCGAAUCAGGGGAAAAUAAUAGGGGGGGAGGAGAUUUUUAAAUUGUGUAUAAGGCAUACAUAUAUGACGAAUUAAGUUAAGAGUAUAUUGGUAGUAAAUAGAGGGCAGAACGAUCGCUUCCCUCAUCCCCUCCCCCUUAGAUCGGUUACUGUAUACCCAAUAUAAAAGAGUGAAUGUUAAAUUAUUGAAUUAAUAGGUUUUGUAAACAAAUAUUUUAUUUAAUAUAGGAAAUACUCUCAUUGGCGGGAGGAGGUGUAACUGGUAAAGUCCAAACGUUUAGGGGAAGGUUUGGUCUAUUUGCUCAUGGAGUUUUUUUAAGUGAAUGAGAGUGGACAAGUAAUGAAUAUUUACUAAAAAAUGCUCUGAGAUACCAAAUAUUAAAUAAUCAUGUAUGAUUAAAAGUCAUCAAGCGUAUAAGUGUAAAAGGUCGUAUUAAUUCGCUAACAUUUAUUAUUAUAAUUUUUCAUUUUUUUUUUUUUCAAUUAACUUGAUGUCUCGAUUAAACGGGGUUGAUUAUAACCAUAUCAAACGAAUGGAACGAUUUUGAUUUUGACGUAUUGUAGGUGGGAGAGCCGUCGGUGACAUGAAGUUGUUGUUACACUUAUUAGUAAAUAGGCGUGUAGCGGUACCGAUGAUCAUAGAUGGCAUAGCGGAGGCAAUUGUUAAACCUACAGUCUGUUACUAGAGCUGUUUAUGUAUCGUCGUUCUCGGACUAGGUUUUUUAACUUCACUCUAACAUCCGUGUUUAUUAUAUUGUUAGUAUAACAGUGUUCGCGAUUUAUGUUGUCUACUGAUACAGCUGUAAAGCAUCGGAAUAAAAAAUUGUCAAUAAUUUAGCUCGAAUAAUAUAGAAAUUGAAUACAAUUUUUUAAUAUUUAUAGAACCGAUUAAAAUGUGCAAAAAUUCCACUGUAGGUUUGGAUAAUUCUCUCCUGCCCCAACGGUCCGAGCACGCUGUAUAAUAAUUUUCAUAUUAUAAUAUUCACUCUAAUUUUAAACUACAAAAUAAAAGUAAAUUUUAUAAUAAUCUUAAUUAAUAAUUAAUAAUUAUAAAUAAUUAUUUUAUAAUUUUAAUUAGUUUUGAUUUUCUCUAUUAUACGCACCUAACCCGCAUCGACAACUGUAAAAUUAUAUAUAAUUCGUGUACAUCGAUAAAAAUAAAAACAAAACAAAACCAAACAAUAUGGCCAAAUCGAAAGCAGCAAGCGGAAGUAAUUUCAAGUAAGGUUCUUUCCAUGUUAUUAAAAUAAACAAUAAUAUUUUGUAAUAUUAUUAUUAUUAUGCAUUCGAUAUAUUCUUCUUCUUGGGAGUUACCGUUAGGAAGGUCCUAUAGGUCCUUAUCGUCCUAAGGUACGACUGUUCCUCCAAUAUUCUUCCGGUCAGUUUGCUCUCCUUAUACUUUCGGUCUUACCUUGAGAUUUAUUUACGGUUUUUUAGUAUUAUAAUAUUAUAUUUACGCAAGUAUACGGUUAGGUAGUCCUGCCGUGCAAUGAUAAUUUAUGCAUAUUCGCGUAUUUAAGAGUGCAGUACGCCUAUGUUCUUAAAAAAUUAAAAAAUAUAAAACCAUAAGCAAUUCAAUACACGCGUGCGCAUCUAUUGUAUUGCAUAUACUUGUAUUUUCUGUACAGGCCGUUGCACAUUUUUCAUCCUAUGCGGCGGUGACGACGACGUGUGUAUAAUUUUAUACGCGUGAGAACUACGUCGUCGACAGUGGUACCUAUACUAUAAUAAGUACCCAAAUAUUGUGUUUAUUUUAUUAAUAAAAUAUAAUAAUAUAACCGUCCUAUAUUAUAUGUGUAUAUAAUAUAAUAAUGUUUGUACGUUGUACCUCUAAUCGAAUAUAAUAAAAAUGUCUAUGUGUGUGUGUGUGUGUGUGUGUGUGUGUGUGUGUGUGUGUGUGUGUGUGUGUGUGUGUGACGGGCUCUAAAUGGGGAAGACGAGGGACCAUUUUUUUUUUUAUAAUACGAUGACAAACGUUCAUGUGUGUAUAUAGUAGGUACGUGUGUGAACAUUAAUUGAUGUCAAUUUAUUAUUAUUGUCGAGUGUGUGUGUGUGUGUGUGUGUGUGUGUGUGUGCGUGUGUACGAAUGAUGUUUAGGUCGUGUAUACCUCGACUUCUCUCAUCGUGUAUACGAGUACACACACAUCACAUCACAUCACAUCAUAUUAUUAUUAUUAUUAUACUUCCGCAACUAAAUCCUUAUAGUAUUAUGUAUGUGCCACCAUCGCCACCGUUAUAUACGAUAAUAUUAUACAACGAGGCCGUAUUAAUUUGCAUCGGUCGCCAUCACUUGCCACAGUUCACUAGAUUAUUAUUAUUACCCACUAUACAAUGAUAAUAUAUAUCGUCGUACAUAAAUAUUGAGCUUUUCGUUUUUAAUUAGUUACGGUCAAAAUCAAAGUCUGUAAUACACACCGUACGUACGUCGCAUUUGGGUACUGUAAGGUUGUGCAUUUAAUGCAUUUAUGAUUUUUUCCGCUGAAACGCGUACAAGAAAGUUAGGUCAAAAUUGGUUUUGUGUUAUUUAUAAAUCAAAUACGAAUUCGCAUUGUUUAUUUUUUCAUAUUUAACGGGUUUGGACAUAAAAUAAAUGCACGUUUUCACGUAUUCUUCAUGUUAAUGUUUUUUUUCUCUUUAUUUUCCUAAUAAAAUGUCAUUAAAUAUUUAAUUUAAACUAUGACUUUUAUAGUUUCGAUGUAAAUGUCACUAUAUGUGCUUGGGUGUGAUGAAGAGUGAAGACAAAUUAUUUUCAGUUUAUUUAAAGAGACUGCGUACGACUUGAUUUUUACCCAAAAACAUAUUUCACAACUUUCCUGCUUCGUAGAACAUGGUCCGAUUAUGAUAAUUUUUUUCUCCAACAUAAUUAGAAUUUAAAUAUGAUUACCUAAUUUGUAUUAUUAUUAAACUUGUUUUUGUUAUUGGUUAUACAAUGCACAAUUCAAGUCCGAUGAGGUACAUACAAAUUUGCCCUCUUACCAACAAAAAAAUAUGGAUCAAAAUCGAGGCAGGAGAUUUAAUCCUGUAAAUCAUGUUUUGACGAAAAACCAUGUCGUGCGCAAGCCCCUUCAAUACAAACUAUAAUUUUUUAACUGUAAAUGUUUACAGUUUGUAAGUUUCAAUUGUUAAAAAAUUAUAGAAAAAAAAAAAAACAACGAGCACCCUUAACUGGUUGUAAUUCAAUUUUAUUGAACAUUGCACAAGUCGAGUUACGCCUUAAUACGCAUUCGUGCUAAUGAUACCUAAUAAUAUAAUACAAUAAUAUUCAAUAAAUAACUAGAGAAGAUUAAUAAUUUAGUGUGUUUUUUGCCUGUUUUUACAUAUGCUAAACAUUUGAAGAAUAUAUUUUACUAAAUGUUCGUUCGUUAUUAAUGCAUAAUUGCAUGCAUAUUUAUUAUAGUUUUUUUAGUGCAUUAAAUUCACAACCCUGAUUAUUAUUGUCAUCACGUCAAUUUACCGACUGUUCUGCAGCUCGAGACAUAAGUAUACACAAACGCGUACAGUAAUAUAUUAUUUUACAAUAAAUUAUAACACGUAAAUGAUACACAAGGUAAUAAUAUAAUAUGAUACCUGCACAUAAUAUUAUUGUGUACUGAAUUUAUUUCUCAAUAAAUACGUAUCUACGCAUUACGUUGUCUGUCACACGUCUAAUAUUUAAUCGGUUACGAAUAUAAUAACUAAUAUAUAGGCAAUUUUAACCGAAUUUUCAAAAAAAUAAAAAUAAUUUAUCAACUCGAAAAUAUUCGUAUUAAAAUAUGAAUUCAAAAUCGGUUCGGUCAUAUCAUUAAAGUUAUCACAAGUUCAAAAACGUGUCCCUGAAAAACAGAAAAAAAGUGAUUUUAGAGCUUUUACUUAUUAUGCAAUUAUCAAAGACAACAAUAUUAUGUAUGAUAUAUUAUAUUAUUAUAUUGAUUUUCAAUUUAUUCGGACGAAGUGGUAGUAGAUUGAAAAAUUGAUUUUUUUUUUUUUUUUUUUUUAUACAAUUAAAAUAAAACUGUGACUUUUUUUUAUAAAUUAAUAUUUAACUAAACGGAUAUAGCAAGACCGAUGGAUACAAUUUUAUUUUUACUUUUGUUGAAUUUUCACCGUACGUUAAAUGUAUAUAUUAACAUAUAUUAUUACAUUAGGUAGAUACACUAAAAUACAUACUAAUUUGGAGACAAAAUUUCACGUUGAGAACCGCAUUAGGACCAUUUGGUACAUAUCUACGUAACAUAUUUCGUUCCAAACAGUUCCGUUUUUUGGAAAUCACAAUGUAAAUGCAUUACGUACAUAACACAUUCUACUAGGAUACCCGUCCUACUCAUAGGAGCGUUCAAUAAUGAUUUUCUAUAUUUUACUUAAAUUAGUAACUAGAGAUAGGCGAUUCGAUAACUCGAGACCUUUGAUACUUAAGAUAGUACUGAAUACUUAUCUAAUUUGAUAAUUGAAAUCGAGAUAAUUUUUGAUAUAGCUUUCUAUAUUGCAUUAUGCUAAAUGAUAACGUGCAGAUAAUCUUUAAACCACGCAUUUUAAAUAGUGUUACAUUCAAAUACUAAAUGAAACUUCUUUUUUUUUUUUUUUUAUUAUUAUUCAAUUUUGUAAAUAAAAAAUAUAUAUAAUGAAUUAGGUUUGGGAACUAUUUUGUCAUAAAUUCGUUAAACGAGAACUGUGUAGUCUGUGAAUUCUUCAAUAAAGAUAUUUUAAUAGAUUUAUUCACACUACUUCUAAUAUGACAAAACAUUUACUCAAAAAUAAUAAAAAGUGUUUGUACAAGUUGCUGAAACAUCUUCCAAAUCAAUCGAUGGAGACAACAAUGACAAUUUUAUUUGAAUUUUUAAACAAAGUUAUUGUGAAUCGAGAAUUAGUACAAAAUUACUGCAUUGAGUAGGUAUUGAGUAUCAAAUUCAAAAUGUUUGUAACCGAAAAUCUCUAUAGUAACUACGCAAGUGUUUCUAGUAGUGAAUUGUUAGUUUUAUAAUAAUUAUUAUUAUGUAAACGGUUUUUUCGUUUUUCAAACAGAUAUCCGUUUGUAUAUGGUCUUAUUUAUUUAUCCAGUUUGGUAUAUAGGUGUAAAAAAAUGUACGAUAUUUGUAUUGUUGAUGAAUUAUCCCCACAAGCCGUAGCUAUAGUCAACUUUUGACGAGUAGAACUAGUAACUUGUAGUACGUCAUAAGUAUAAUAUCGUUAAAUAGUUAUCGGUAAAAAAAAACAAAUUAAAAUGGUCAAGAAAAAAUAGAACAGAAAAAAGGACGGACAUACUUCGCACGUGAAGUGUAACCACUGUUGUAGGUGGGAAGUUGGGAAGGUAGAAUACAGACGGGAAUUCAAUGUAUAUCUGUAAGCAACGAUAAACCAUUGCUAACGAAAAUACGGCUCUGAGCAGAAUUCAGUUGAUAAUGUUGCUUUAUCAACAAUACAAUAUAUAGUAUUAUGUCAUAUUAUGGUAAACUAAUUAAAACGAUGUACGUUUCCAUGAUAACAAUGAUUGUUUCAAAAAGAUUAAACUAAUAAAAACUUAAUAAUAAAAAAUAAAUAAAAAUGGUUGCUCAUUACAACCUUAUUUUUAAACUUUCAAUUUUUUUUUAACUUAAAGACCGAGGUUUUUUUCAUUAUCUUGAAUAUUUAUGAGAAUUUCAAAAAAUGACCCGUUUAAAGUACCAUCAUAAAAUAUUAUUAAAUAUACUGUAUAUAUUUAUAAAACUAUACCUAUGUAAGUGUAAUGUAAAUAUAGUAAAAAUGUAAAUGUAAGUCUUUGGUUCAAAGUACAUUUAUCCUAUCAUCAACUAUUUUUCUGGAUGUAUAGAUUUUUAGUAUAACAGACAAUGAUGUAGCUUGAUAGGAAAGGGCCCCGGGACAGUUAAAAAACUAGGCUCUCUAACUAAUAUUUUUUUUAUGAAAAUUCGAAAUAUAUCAAAUAUACGUAACAUAGUUUUUUCAAGUAUGAUUCACACUUUUUGAAUACUUACUAUGGAUCCACAAAUAACAUGACAUCAUACAAUGAAUCAUCAUAAGUUUAAAUUAAUUAGACAACAAUAAAAGAUUAAACAAAUGUAAAAUAAUAAAAUAAAUUUGUAACUUUCACAAAAAAAAAAAAGAAGACAAUUAUGUUGUUUAUACAUUUCAAUUUGUUCUAUAUUUGUGAUAAAUUGUUCUAUCAAAAUUAUAACAACUAUUACUCAUAUAGUGGAUAAGUGACUUCAAAGUUUAUAUGGUUAGUAUAGAGAAUCUAGCAAUCUUGUUUAUUUUCUAUAUAUCUGCGAUAUUGAUAGACUGUAUUAUUUUUUUUUGUUAACAAUAUUUAAUGUUCAAAACCGAACUAUAGUAAAAAAAAAACUUUGAAGUCUAUUUAUUUAAUACCUCCUCCUUCCAUACCAUUAAGCUAUUUAAUGGUAUCCGGCUUUGUUAGUCAUAUUAGUUAUUAGCUUGACAAACUAUUUAAAUAACAUACCUACAUAUAUCAUAUUAUAUUAUAUGAAACAUUAAUAAACGUAGGUUUAUAAAAUUUUUUUAAAUUCUAAGUGUACUGAAAAAGUUAUUAGUUUUAUUAUGCAUAAUUAAAAAUACUUUGAUAUUUUCAUGUUAUACCUUCAAAGAUUUUAGCCUGGUGGUAUUCUAUUUAAAAAUAUUUUCCUCAGUUUUAAUAAUUUUUCUAAAAGUUGCUUUAAAAAAAAAAAAAAAAAAAAAAACACUUUUUGGUAUGGAUAAUGUUCCAAUUUACCUCCUAUUUACACAGUAUCUAAAAUAUGCAUAAUUGUUUUCCUUUAGUACUUUAUUUGAAACAUUUAUUGAAAUUAUUUAUAACAAUUAUUAUUCACCCUUUGGUCUUUUUUUUCUCGGAAAACACUUUCGGAUAGUAAGAAGGCUCCAAAUUAUUAUUAUAAAUGAUUUUCACCCAAUAGUACUUUUUUCGAAAAAAAUGUAUUUAUACACAUCAAUUUUUCUAGAUUAUUUAAAAAAUUAACUAUAAACUUCGAUAAAUCGAUUUUAUUUUUGUAAAUUUUUGAGUUAUCUUGGGCUGUGGGACAAAAAGUACGACUAAUAAUACUUCGUCCCUUAGAAUUGUUUUUUUUUCGUUUGUAAUGAUUUAUCGUUGCCUGUGGUAUCUAAACUAAAUUGGUUUCAAUUGUGUAUAGUCUGUUCCAAUUAUUUAAUUACUAACUGUUUUAUAUAAUGUUUAAUGGAUCUUGGUUUUUGGUUCUGAUACAAGAAAUUAUAUACAUAUCUAACUUGGAAAAUAUUUAUGUUUAUAUUUAUAUUUAUAAAUAUUAUCGGUAGUACCUAUGUAUAAUACUAUGUAAUAAUAGUUACUAUGCCUGAACGUCAAUGACUCGAUAAGGGUUUAUAAUUGAAAUGGAUGAAAUAUAAUAGUAUAUGCAAAGUAACCGAAUGAUGAAUAUACCGUAGAGUAUAGUGUACACACUAUACAUAAUUAUAUACGAGACGAAAUAAUUCGAGCACCGCCCUUUUGAAUAACCCUUAAUCGUUUACCGAUAGUAUCUAUAUUUAAAAUACGAUUGAUGGACGGCGGUUCAUGAAUUAAAAAAAAAAAACCAAAAAAAUAUAACUUAAUGACCUAAAUCAUAAAAUAAGUACCCACGCGGGAAUAAUAUUAUUAAGUUUAAAGUUUAAACACUCGUGUCCAUAAACAUCGAUUCGUAUAAUAAUGCCAUUUUAAUCAUUUUGCUGCAGCAUAGGUACGAUAAAACCAUAAUAUUCUCACGUCGAAAAAGCUUAUAGACAUAUGUAUAGGUACGUUUUAUGAAAAUUUAAUCGAUCGAUAUUACCACUCCCUCUUAAUAUUUUAAGAGGGAGUAUACUACAAUAUUGCUAUAUUGUAGUUUAAUGUGAUGUUAACGACCUGGAGCUAUAUAUACUAUAUAGAAGUAUCGCUGUUCGACGCGGUAACGGGAACAAUUGAGAAUAUCUUCUUGAUUAUAGCUUUUCGUUUUUGUUUUUGGUUUUUUUUUUUUUUUUAAUAAAACACCUCGGCGUUUCUUCAAUAAUGGGAUUUUUUUUUAAAUACUGUUCCAAGAGCGUGUCGCACCGAUUUCCUUAGGAUAUUGCGCGAUGACAGUUCAAUGAUGUGGAGUUACCUGCAUCAUAUUAGGUAUAUAUAUAGCUAUAAUGGUGUUCUCGAUAAUCGCGCAUGCAUAACCGACCGACGACUAGAUGAGGUGUGAUGAACGAACUACGAAAGGACUCUGCUAGAUAAAAAAUAAUAUAUAUAGUUAACAAUUGAAAAAAAAUCCGAUGGGUUUUUUAAUACGUCUUACUUUUUUUUUUCGCGCUUUAUGCUUUGUGAACAAUGCGCCACCGCCAAUCCACACGAUGAGUUGCCGAAAAUAAGAGUAUACUGUAUCUAAAAGGAAUUGUACCUACGUAGUACGUAUACCAUAUAUACGUGCGUAUAUUAUAGUGGGUAAAUUCUACACAUAUAAUAUGAAUAAAAGCAAAAACAACAGUUCUAAAAAUACAGCGAAAAAAUAAGCCUCGUAACUCGUAUACAUGAAUAUAUAUAUAUAUAUAUAAUUUAUAAGAAUAAUACGCGUAAUGAAGGAGAAAGCGUGAAAAUCAAAGCAUGACGAUAGUUGACACAAUUGUUAAAAUAAACCUAUUAAUAUUUAAAUUUAUACAUAAUUUAUAAACUCGACUAUUAUCAAUCGAUAGUAAAUAAAAAAAGAAAAAGAACCUAGUGAUUUGAAACGUUUCCUUUAAUUAAUUUAUUAUGUAGUUUAUGGGAAACAAAACAAAUUAUUGACGUUUCCUAUAUUAGGUAAAUUGUAUGCGUUCAGAUUUCUAAUUUGUAUGCAGUAUAUAAAGAAAACUGUUCGAGAACCUACUUGUUUAAAACCGGAAACGAAAUAAGCGAUAAUAAUUAUCACAAGUAACUUUGAUAAUCGAUUUGAAAAAAAAAAUUAUAAUUUGAACUUUUCUUUUUUUAUGAGUUAAUGGGAAAUGUAUUCCGUGUAUACAUUAUUUUUAUUUUGUAAAAACAUUUUUCUUUUCUCUGCAACAAAAAACCAAUUAAUUACAUAUUCAAAAGCUUAUUUAUUAAUGAUGUUUCAUCAUUCUUAUUAAUAUUCGAUAACGGUAAAAAAUUCAAAUGUUUUAAUGGAGUUUUAAUUAUUAACAAAGUAAAAAAAACCAUUAUUUCGUCGAAAUAUUUUUCAACGGGUUUAUUUAUUAAUAUCCGGUAUUUAAUAUGUAUAAAAAAAAAAAACAAAAACAAAAACAAUUCUUUAUUUUACUCGAGACAUUUUAGUAAACAUGAAUCAUGAUAUCUAUACAUACAGUAUACAUUUAUACUUCAAGAAAAUAAUUACCUAGGUGUACUUUAAAAUGAUUAAAAAAAUGCUCAGAAUAAAUUUCCUAAUUUAAUUCCUUAUAUAAAAAUAUUAAAUAAAAUCGUUUAAAAUAUUCGGAUCGUGUGUACUGUAUUUUCUCUAAGACUGGUUAUUCGUUUUUAGUUACCAGCUUUUUUUUUUUUUUUUAAUUUUUAGGAAAUCUUUGGAAAUCUAGAGAAAAGUUUUGCAAUUAGUAUACCACCAGGUGGAAAAUCCAAAUAUUUUAAGUUACAUUCAUAAUACGGAUAAUACAGUGUGAAAGUUUUGGGCCAUUUAUAUGAACCGAAAAAGUGUUUUCUGAGAAAAAAAAAACUAUUUUUAGUAAAACUAAUACGCCUUUAAUAUAAAUAUUAUUGCAUUAUAAAUUAAUAAUAAGUACAAGUUCUAUUUAUAAACGUAUGCUGCGGGGUAUUCUGCAUACUCAGAUUUUAAAACCUACCAGCUUUACGGUUUUUAAUAAAAUUAUAGAUUAAACCAUUGAUUAUAAUCACAAAAUACAAUUUUAGAUUCUGAGUGGAGCAAGGAAUGUAUUUUUUUUACAAUGAUAUUUUUUUUUUUUUAUGUGUAAAAAACUUUUCUACCAGAAAUCUUGCAUCCGAUUUACAAUGAUAGCACUUUUUCUGAAAGGAAAUCUAACUGGGGAGGUAUUUGAGGAGGUUAUCUUUUGAUUUUCCCAGUAGUUUUCCCAAUAAAUGGGGAAAACCUGGGUAAAAUGGAAGAAGACGGGAAAAAACGUAGGAAAAACGAGAAAAUUGAUACAAUUUUAAACAAAUAUUAUUAAAGAAAAUGUUUAAUGCAUAAGUAUUUUACCAUAAUAUAACAUAUAAUAUAUUUUUGACAAAGUAUCAUCAACCGAACUCCACUCAGAAUCGGUUUUUCGUUAGCAUUGGUUAAUCGUUGCGUACAGAUAUACAUUACAUUUUCCCUCUACUGCCUUCUGGGACGUAGUCAAAGGGGGGGGGGGCGUGGGAUCCGGACCCCCCACCAAAGUGUUAUCGAUAACAUAUAUAUAUAUAUAUAUAUAUAUAUUAUGUGUAUAUAAACCCUUGUAUAAACAUAUAUAGUUUUUUUUAUUUAUACGAUAUUUAUAUUUAUUAUAAUACAAUAAUUAUUACUUUCUACUUACAUAUUUUACCUAUUGAAUAACAAAUAUUUAUAUAUAUAUAUACAAUAUACAUAUCAAAGUAUAUUCUGCACGUCAUUACAAAUUUGAUUUUUACUUAAUAAUAAUAAUGGUUAAAAUUACUUAUUAUUAUUUUUUUUAACUUGACCCCCCCUCCCCCGAAAUAAAAUUCUAGCUACGUCCCUGACUACCUUCCCAACUUCUCAACUAUAACAGUAGCCCACACACGUGGGAAGUACAUCCGUCUUUUUAUAAUCAAUGAUGUAUAAUCAAACGUAAUAUUGUACGUAUUAUAUGAUUUUUACUGGAUAGUCUGGAUUAGAUACGAGAAUGUACACAUAUUUGAUAAUAUUCACAUAGGUACCUAAAUAUCCAUGAAAAUUGAAAUUACAGCACAUCCAUACAAAACUUAAACUGUAAUGAUAUUUUUUUCUAAUUCUUUUUACAUCACUAAUCCGUUAUAUAAUAUUAUAAUAUUAUUACACAGAUCGCGUUAUGCAAGCGGUAACGGCGCGGGUGGAGGAACGGAUCAGGAUGACUCUGGUGCGAACAAUUCACAAGCACCUUUGGGAUGCGGAACUACGUUGGAAUACGUGUUACUGAUAACGACUUGUACGAUCUUGUUAUUGUCGGUAACCGGGACUACUAUUUACUGGACAAUGGUCUACCGGGGUGGAUACGACUGCGCCUGGUUUCCUUGGCCGCCACAAACGCCGAAGCAACUCUUAUCCGUGGGAAUAUUUACUUACAAGCAUCAUUCCCAAAACAGCCAAAACUUUUCCGACACCAACGUCGACUUUGGAGCCGGAAACAGCUUCGGCGAAAGCUUCGACGGCAAUUACAGCACAACUUCGACUAUAGCAACGUCAACCCCGGAACAACUCUCCACACAAUAUACCAAUAAAUCGUCUAAGAUCGAUUUAACCGACGAACAGCGGUUCAACCUGCACCCAACCUUAAUGACGUUUGGCUUUAUCACUUUUACCGGAUUUUGUAAGUAAAAAAAAUCUGAAUACAUACAAAUUUACCGAAUUCUUAAUGUCAUACCUAUAUAUAUAUAUAUAUAUAUAUAUAUAUAUAUAAUUGAAUCACCGAAUCGAUGUAAUCAGCUAUAUAUGUGUUAAUUAUAAUACGGCUAUACACGAUUUUUUUAUUUUCAUUUUUAUUUUUAAAAUUUGCAUAAAAUAUUAUCAUAUAUUAUAUUUCCCGUGUAUGCAGCCAUAUUGGUGUACAGAAUGGCAGCCGGAUGUUCGACUACUUGCAGGGGCACUUAUGUAAAACUAACACACAGUCUAUUGCACUUGGCCACGGUACCAUGCGUGUUGUUUGGAUCAGUAGCCAGCAUGGAGUACCAUCGUUCGAAAGGCAUACCGCAUUUGUAUUCGCUGCACAGCUGGAUGGGAGUGUUGACGGUUUCGCUUUUUAUCAUACAAGUAAUUGCGUACUGAAAUUAUUUUUCAUCUUUAUUUUCGAGUGGGGUCAGCCACUCUUAUUUUCGCCUUUCACGUUUCCCUAAACGCCGUCCGCCAUAUCACCUUCAUUAUACAUUAACUUCAUUAUCUCCCCUAUAAAUACCUCUACAGCCAUCAACUCUUUCUUUGGCAUAACUCUUCCCCCUACAUCUAUCCAAACUUAAUACAAAUGCCGUUUAUUAUUAAAACAUGAAUUUGUUUUUUCUUGCUCGUUUUACCAGUUUACUCUUGGGAUAUUCACGUUCGUUGUGCUCUUGUGUUGUCGCGGUGCUACAGCCGCGUGCCGUUUACGAUGUUUUGCCCCCAUACACGCAACCCUGGGACUGUGCACAUUCACGUUGGCCAUAGCCACUUGUCUUACUGGACUUCAACAACGCGCCGAUUUCAUGAUAUUCAAUAAUAACGGGUUCGUAUAUCAUAUUCUUACUGUUUAUUAUAAGUGCAGCAUUGAGAUCUGAUAUUAUAUAGGUGUUAUUAUUAAUAUUAAUAUUACCCAAUAUAUUACUAUAUAGGUAUUGACAUAUAUGACAUGUGCGUAUUGUACAUUUUAACGAUUAUUGACUAUUACGAUGUAUUGUCGUAUACUAUAUGUUUACGUCUGUCGCGGCUAUGAAAAUUAUUAAAAAUGUUUUAUUAAUUACGGAAAAACUAAAACUAUAUUAGGCAGAAGCAGCAGCCAUCGUUGUCCAAUUCGUCGAGCGGACCGGCUAUUGGCCUGCAACGCGGCCCGAUUGACAACCUAGGUGAACAAGGUAUAGUAGUGAACGUUUUGGGAUUAUUGUUGAUGGCCACUUUGGUGUUUGUUACCGCCACGUUGUUGUUGGAGAGGAAAACCACGAAAAGAAAUUUGUCCGCCUCAAGAUAUUGCAAAAACGGCGGCCAAACGUUUCAGCUGGUCCCUUCGUCGGCAACGGCUGGAAUCGAUCAUGCAGCCGGUCGCAAUGGCCGAAUGUGAUUUACUGCAGACGGCGAAAUGGAGACGCACACAUGCACAUACAUACGCACAAAAUACCAUUUUUUCUUCACGAAGUACAAAUCAAAAAACUAUAAUAUUAUUAAUCCGAUAAUUGCACGAAACACCCUACAUACUUCAACUGCCGAAACGCAUAAACUGCAACUGCGGAAAAUGUGUUCAUUUACAGAUUACUAUUUGUUAUAAUAUACACAAAUAAAAUUCUACAUUUCUAUAAACAUUUUGAUAAUAACUCUGCACCUACUGGAUUUCGACGAAUUUUCCGGAACAAUCUUUUAUACGCAAUAUACAAAUAAUACCAUUAAAACAACAACGAGACGACAGGAAGAAAUUACCGCAAGUAUAUCAUUAUAAUUUAUAACAAACGAUUUCAACAACAAUUAAUGAAAUACGCUUUGAUCGUAAACUGCGCGGAUGCUUCGGCGUUGGUUAUAAUCCUUUCGGAAGUAGAUGGUUUCGGGUAAUUCUUACAAUCGUAAUGUGUAUGCAAUUAUACAAUGUACAAUAGUAUAACAAUUAUAUAUUAUUCAUCAUCAUCAAUAUUUAUAACGGUGACGGUAAUGUUAUAGCUAAGAAAAAAAGUACCUUGGACAUUUUGAUCCAGUGUGGACAUUUCAAAGAUCCGUUUCAAUAAAAAAAAAAACAUUAAUUUCUCUAACUGGAUCGAAAUGUCACGCGCAAACGGUACGUGCUUAUAAUGGUAUUGAUAAUACUUUUGGUAAAUUUCGAUAUUACACAUACAAAAAUUAUAAUCAUUUUACACUAACAUUAUACGCUUAUAUUACUAUAUAGGUAUCAUUUGCUAGUAUUAAUAUCAAUUCGAACACCGAAGAAAUAGUACAUAUUAUAUAAUAAUCACUUGAAACUCGAAAAUAAUUUAUGUUUUCAUGUGGCCGGUGGAUAAUUUGCACAUCACAUUUGUCACGUAAAAAAAGCACUACCUAUUUAAUACCGUGUGAACUAAAGUACUUAAACUUGUAUUAAUAAAUGUAUUAUACCUUUCUUUGAAAUUGUAAAGUUUUAAACGCACAACUAAAGUAUGUAGUGCAGUGGUUCCCAACCGAUGGUCCGUAUAUCGGUAUAAAAAUUGGUGUUCCUCGGUGCCAACAAUUUUUUCAUAAUAGUCAAUCAAUAGUAUCCAUUCCAGAAUUUAAGAACCUAUUAAAGUAAGCCCGCACGAAAAUUCUCUAUACGGCCCGUACUGUCAAAAAGGUAAGAAAACAUUAAUAUAAUGCUGAUUUCUAUAGUGUAAUAUAAAUUCAGAGGAUUAAAACCGGCAAUUCACUAUCUAUGUAACGUAAUGUAUGGCAAUUAUUUAGUCGUAUUAUUCUAUUUCCAACUUAUCUAAUUACAAACCUAUUAUAGUGAUGCUGAUGUUAUAAUAAUUUCGAAAGCGAAUUUGAAUAAAUUCAUUGUGUAGACGAUAUUUUGGAGACCGACUUUCUUAAUUAUUUCGUUGGACAGAAAGAAAAAAAUUAGAAAAAUUAAGGAAAUCGAUCAAAUUAUGGAAAUAUAGUUUCAAAAUGUUUAUUUAUUGCAUUACUAAGAAUAUACCUACGUAGAUAUAUUAAAAGUUGAAUAUUACUUCAUUUCUACGAUGCAGCUAGUGCAAAAUCACUAUUUUAAUCCUCUUAAAUUAAUUAUAACCUUAACUCUGCCAGUAAAUACAUAUUGAUUGAACGAUUUUUUCCGUUUUUUUUUUGUUUUUGUGAAAAUUUACAGUAACAACAUAUUUUAACAUAUUUUUAACAAAAACCUAAUAUGAAUCUUGAAAUGACUUUUAACUCAAAAAAUAAAAGUUCUAUUGAAAAAUGUCAACCUUCACGCCAAAAUAUAAAGAUUUAAAUAAAAAUGUAUAUAAUUAUUAUUAUUAUUCUGUAUUAUUUAUGAAGUUCAGAAAAAAAGCAAGGGGAAAAAGCAAUUAGUAAAAAAAGUAAUAUAUUUAUUUUAAAUGAUACAGAAUAGUUAGUACUAUAUAAUAUUAUAUAGUACCAUAUAAUAGGUACUUACACUAUAUUUCAAUACCAUCUACUAUAUUGUAUAUAUAAUGAUAAUAUUUUUAAUGUUUUCACAAAAAUAAUUAUCGGAGCAAGUUAUCGAAAACUGCAGUCCAUAAUCGAAAGUAACAAAAAUUACUACUAUUGAAAUGUAAGUACAAAAUAUAUAAGAAUCAACAAAAUCAAAAAACAUAUGGCUAUAGCAUAUAGUAGAAAAAAUAAAUUAUCUAAAUAUGUUUGUUUCAAAAUAAGAACAGUUGGAAAAAAGAAAUUUAGAUUUAUAGGAGUAUGAAUUAUAAUUUAUAAUCAUUUAUUUUUAAAAAUCAAUAGGUGCAUUAUAUUAUAAUUGGUAUAUUAUAAAAUAAGUCAUAUUAUGAAAUAGUAGUACAUUACAUCAUGCAUAGGUACAAUAAUAACAAUAGUAUUAAAUUCAAAAAAAAAAAAUUCUAAAUUUAAAAAAAAAAAUAAAUUAUAUACACACAUGAAUAUUAUAUAUGGAGUGUAAAAAAUAUGUAGGUAUCUAUACAAAAAUUUAUUUAUUUAAAACGUAUAUGAAAUGCUACAGUGUUUAAGAAAUUUUAAAUAUGAUUUUUAUCGAGAAUUGUUAUUAUCUACAACCGGCGUCCGGGCGUAUGCUACACGAGUACAUAAUAGCCAUAGUUUUAUUUUAAGUUGAUUUUUAUAUAUUUUUUACUUACACUACAAAGUAGUCAUUUUUGUUACAUUCGAUUUCGGUUAUGGACUGCAGAUUUGGAUAACUUGCUUCAAUAAUUAUGUUUAUGAAAACGUUUAUAAUAUUAUCAUGGAGUAUAUUAUAAUAAUAUAGUCAAUAGUAUUAAAAUAUUGUGUAGGUAAUAUGGUAUCAUAUAAAUGGUGUAUGGUACUAUAUAAUAUGUAGUACUAACCAAUAAUAUUACUUUUUAUAUUAUAAUGUGUAACAUAAAUACAUUCUUUUUUUACCACUUCAUUUUUUUCCACUUGUUUACUUGGAAAUGAUAGAAAUGAAGGAAAUGAUAAAUCAAACCAAUAUAAUAUUAUUUAUAUAAAAGGAGCUUGGGUAUUACACUACAAAAUAGUACAGUUAAAACCGUUUCGUGGAAAAAGUUUAAAUGUCUUGUAUUAAAAACAGGGACAUUUUUUGUAGGGCGCUAAAAUUUCCAGUUUUUUUAAUACUAUUUGAAUACAAAUUUAAUAAAAUUAUUGAAAAAAAAUCCGCCAGAAACAGAGUUCCAUUAUUUCAGUUAAAUUUCCCCCCAUUUUUUAUUUGUAUAGUUAAUUUAAAAUAGUUAUAGUUGUCAUAAUUUAUUAUUAGUUAUUACCUUUUAUUCUGUAAAACCCGUUAUUUCUUGUAAAAACAUGUAAUUUGAGUAUACAAAUAGUUGGGGAUGGGUUGAAAAUUUAAACCCUUAUAAAUACCACUUCUUGAUUAUGCAUAUACAAAAUUUCAUCUCCCUGACUUCGUUCUGGGGGGUAUUUAGGGUUACACAAAUCUAAAACACACUCUCCUUCCGCAACAACAAGGUGAAACUGCCAAUGUUUUACACCGUAAAAUAAAAGAUGCCCAAACUCAUGCUCCUUAAGGGGUAGAGACCCCGCUAUCUGUUUUCUCUGUUUGCUUCGCGGGUAAUAUAACAACGAAGCAUUCCAAACUUCCAGUACAUCUAAAAUUUAACAAACAGUAUUUACUAUACGUCUAUACCUGACCUAAUACUAUUUUUGAAUAAUAUUGUAUUUAUUAAUCAUUAAUCUACCGGAAAGUCACAGUUGUGGGGAAGUGUGGAAUGUAUCUUUGUUUUAUACAUUUUAUACUAUUACACACAAGACAGUGAAAACGAAUAUUGACUCAGAAGCACUGCAGAAGGCGUGAUACCCGCAUUCGCUGUCUCUGUGUUAUAAACGUAUACGACAUCGUAAAUUUACAUUCAACGAGGACAAGUUUCAACCUAACCUACAAGUUUCAACGUUUAAAUGAAUAUUGAUCUAUUAUCAAACUUAAAGAUAACAACAUAUUAUCUGUGCACCGUCGGCGCUGUUCUUUCGGUAUUUUAAUAAUUGUUACGAAAGAUACGAGUAUGUGAAAUAUUACAAUAAUUAAAUUAUACGCUAGUAACUCGCUUAAAAAAUAUAAUGUUGAACGAAUUAUGCCGACGUUGUACAGUUAAUGCUAGCGUCUUUAAUUUUUGUUAACGGAUCAAAUCAUUUCAAUAUUAAAACAAAUAGCAAAAAGUCGUCUCAACUCGUUUAAAGUCGAACGAGAAUGCGCAGCAUUGUCGUACGUUCGUAAUAAGACGCGGAAGCAGUAUGCACGCAGGUAUCACGUAUCCCCUUGACGCGUUUGUGAAAUUUGUAUUUAUUAAAUUAUUGAUAUUUUACUUUCCGUUUAUGGGCAUCGUGCUUCACUUACGCCGCAGUAAAACCCCAUCUUGCAUAUGUAUCAACGCCACCGGUGCAUACGAGUAGCCUUCCAAAAUGAACGAAUUGCCUCCCAUCCUUAUCGUAAAUAAAAAUGUUAAUAUACACUAGUUGCUUCCGAAAAUUAGGUAGUUCAUAAAUAUAUCCGAGUCGUCUACCAAAAAUGUUUGUACAAGUUACCUCAUAUAUUGAAUAAAGCAAUGGUUCAUAAAUUAAACUAAAUUUAUAAUAUUUAUAAUUUUAUUAAAAAUAAUAAUAUAAUUGGUCAAUAAAAAAACAUGUACAAUGUACAUGAACAGUACUUGUUCAGAUAAUGUCUAUUAUUCUCAACUUAUUUUCGUUCAAUAUCAAUUUUAUAUAGGUACUUUUAAAACAGCUUUGCAUAUUUUCAUCAUAAAAUUCCCCCGUUCUUUAUUGUAGACUAAUGUUUUUUGAAAACUAAAUUUCAAACUAUUAAUUAUUUUAACACGUUUGCUCUAUUCACUGAUCAUUUAACGCAUUUCAAUUUUUUCCAGUUUAAAAACUUAUUAGACAUUUUUAUCAUUACUUAAUAACUAUUAAAAAUUCAAAUUCAAUCACUUAUAAUAACUAUUUGUAAAAAUAAAAUCAUACGACGAAUGUUGAAGCUCAGCUAACGACAGUAAUCAUUAUACAAAAGAUGUAAUAUUUGAAAUCAGUCGUACAAUCUUAUCAAUGCACAAAAGUCAUAUAUUACGACUUUGAAUGUAUAAACCAAAAUCCAAUGAAAGGUUAUUAUUAAGUAACAAACAAAAUAAUAUUACUUCAUGAUAAAAGAUUUAAACAAAUUUGUACAUUUAUGCAUACUGUUUGAAAAUGUUUGAAUUGUUUGCGAACCACUUAUACAUUCAUUAGGUACCUGCCUAUUGGGAGGCGACUAGAAACUACUCGUAUAUACCCGAGGGGCUGUUUGUAUUAAAAUUAUCGACCUUUUUAACCUCGGAAGGCGAUUAGUAUGCACCCAACGCCACUGAGAUACGCUUAUAUUAUAUCCUUUAUUUUUGCUUCCGGUGUUAUAAUAAUAAUAGUAAACGGUACCUAUAUAACGUAAAUAAUACUAUUAUAGACCGGUUUAUUGUAUUACGCGUGGGAAUGCACAAAAAAAAAUUAAUUUAAAAAAAAAUUAUAAUAUUAUUCCGUAAUGACGUUGUCGCAUGUCAUGUUACAGAAGUGCAAUCGAAUCCGAGACGAUCAAACAAAAAUUGCACGUAAACAAGGAACCGGUAGUCGUGAACAUUUUGGCCGUGUUGCUGGUGUUCGUGUUCAUCGUGGUGUCUUACACCGUGCGCCGAGAAUCCAUCAAACGAAAAUCCAACAACAAAUCCCCAUACACGGCCACCAUGAGCCCACUUCGAGUAAAAUCGUCGUCGUCCACCGGGAAAUUCGGAUCCGUCAAGCAAUCCUCAUUGCCACCGGUUUGAGAUGUCUGUACGCAAUAAUGUAUGAUGAUAUUAAACUUGAUUUCCGCUAUCAUACGAGAUAUCCAAUAAUAAUAUUAUAAUAUCAACAUAAAUUUACAAACACAAAAAUAAAAAAACAAAAACGAUAAAACUGCAAUUAUUAAGUAAUAAAAAGUACAACAAUAUUUCAUAUACCGUAAUUAGCUUUAUAAUGAUAUUACAUCUCACCGAAGUUCGUAUUAUUAUUAUUAUUUGUAUCGCAAUAAUUGGUCUAAAUUUGCAUAACCCACUCUUUCAUUGAAUUCAAUAUUAUUAAUUUACGUCGGCACACGAAUGCAUUUCAUUUAUUAAAUUCAACGGCCUCGAAAAUUGCGCAAUUAUUUGUUUUAAACGUAUACCUACCUAACAUAUUAUUAAUAAUAUAAUAUAAUUAUUAUCUCUGUGUUCCACAUUCCUAUUUGUCUUCCUUCUCGUUUUCUCGUUUAUUAUUAUUAAUAUUUUUUUUAUUUCAUUAAUGCGAUGUAUAUGACAGGUACCUAUUAUACAUUUAUGUACCUACUGAACAAACCUAUUAUUUCGGAUCGAAUAACCUUAUAAUAAAAUACAUUUCGAAUUCAAGUGCAUUUAACCUACGGAGCAGGUUGAAAAAAGAAACACGUAAAACGAUUCAAAAGCCAGACGAAAGUGUGAAACUAACCAUGAACGAAUUUGAAUUUUAAAAACAGAUUUAAUUUUUAUAUUCUCGUUUUAUAGGUUUUGAUCGAGGCGAUUUUUGAUAUUCGAAAAAUUGAAUGCUUACAGUUCCUAGUUUGGUACUCAAAUAAUGGAAAUUGUUGAGAAAUUCAUGAUUUUUUUUUUCUAACUAUCAAUAUAUUAAAGGUAAAGUGGAAUAUCGAUAAUCGCCUCAAUCGAAACCUAUAAGAGUAGAAGACAAAUUCAAAUAUGUUUUUCAAAAUUUAAAACAGCCAAUACUAAACCUAAUUGCAAUUUUGUUCGGCCUAUUGAUCUAAAUCGUUCAUAUUCAUUUGUGAAAACGGUCGUAUCCCAUUUCCCUUAAAAUGGGUGUAGAUUAGUGGAAAAGUCUCAUCAUUAAGUUGGUCAUUAGAAAGUAAACAUAAUAAUUUUAAAAGUAGAAAAAAUUCGGGAAACCUGCUCCGGGGUCCUUUUAUAUACAAUUUUAUUAUUUUGUAGACGACAUAGGUAAUACUCGAAUAUAUAUUCACAUUUUUUUCCAAUUACCUACAUAUACAAUUUCACCGUUAUUUCUACUUAGUAUAGAUUUAUAUAUGUUUAUACUAUUUUAUAAUAUAAUAUAUAUUAUAUACACACAUAAUAAUGAUAAUUUCAUUCACAUAAUUAAAAUAUAAUAUUAUUAUUUUCUUUUUAUAUGUGUGUGUGUGUGUAAUAUACGAGUAAAUUUGUGUGAAUGUGUGAAAGCAUUAGAUAUUAGAUUACUAAAUUGUAUGUAAGAUUUUUUUUAUAAAUGUUUAACAAUAUUUGAUUAAUAUUCAUACAUAGGGUUAAGUGAAUAAUAAUAAUAAUUUUAUUAUUAUUAUUAUUAUUGUACCUGUACACAUUAUGGCACACGUGCGUUUAUAUUCCAACUAAAAAGUGUCUUAUCAUAAUAUGUUAUGUGAGUACAUUAAACAAACAUUUCAUAACAUUAUAUUUGAUAAUAAGUGUGAAGGUUAGAGUAGAAUUAUAUAUACAAAUAAUUAUAAUAAUACUUCAAAAAAAAAAAAAUUUGACCAAAUUUUAAAACAAUCGCGAGUUUACACCGCAUUCCUUCAGUGUAAACAUAUUAUUAUUAAUCAUAUUAUAUUAUUAGAAUUUUUUUUUUUAAUUUACAAAACAAUAAAUAAAUAAUUUUUACAUUAAGAUAAGUUAUUAUAUACUAUUAUAAUCCAAUACAUUAUAUAUUAUCAAUUAUUAUAUAUAUACUAAUACUAUUUAUAACUAAAUCAAUAAGAUUAUUAUUAAUGGUUUUCGUAAUAUUUGAAUUUGAAUUAAUUUUUUUUUGUUUUUAAUUUACCUAGAUUUUUAACUAUUAAACGAUUAAUAUACAAACGAGUAGGAAGUGAGAAAAAAAAUUAUAGAUUAUUAAAUUUAUUAGAGAUUAUUAUUUUAUUAAAAAAUAAUAUAAAUAUUAUGCCUAUUAUACUAUUUGUUUUUGUUAUUGAUACAUUUUUUUUUAUUAUAAUUAUUAUUAUUACUAUUUAUAAUUAUUCUAAUUUAUUAUUAUGUAGUACAUUUUCUGGGGUGUUGUAUUAUUCAUUUUAUUAAUUAGCUUUAAAAAAAAUAAAAUAAUAGUUAUAUUUGAUUAGACAUUUUGCGUAAUUUAUGUACCACGUAAUUUAUUAUACUAAUAGUUAAUAUUAGUGCAGAUUUAUUAUUAUUAUUAUUAUUAUUAUUAUCUACCUAACAUAUUAUUAAAAUAUCUAUGCAUGUAUAUUUAUUAUUUAUAAUUGUAUACAUGCAUAUCUAUUACUAUUAACAUUAUAUUAUUAUGACUAGUUGUUUUACACUAAAAUAAAUGAUGAAUACAUUUUCAAAAA